AUGCAUUACAUCCGCUUCCUUCGCCCACCCUCGCUCUCGCACACCCGGGGCGAUGUGUCAGCCGUGAGCAUAUCCUUCACCAUAACUACCGAUCUAGGUGAUUCAUUCCUCAGUCCUGAGGACCCCAUCAAGCUCAAAGCUGGCAUAUAUGAGGCGGCAGCCGACGCGGGCGGCCGGAAACCAGGCCCCGCCGACAUCAAGGCUUCCCGAAUCCUUGAAUGGCACCCGGGUACCAGAGUCCUCAAGUCAGACCUCAAUCUUCCCAAGACAUCCGUCUCUCUUCGCGUGUUUGUCUUCCCAACCGCUCAGUCAUGGGCCGGUAGCACUUGGGACGUUGUCAACUCCCUGAACCAUGCCGAUUCUGGCAGAAUCAUGCCCGCAUGGGCCGACGUCCAUAGCCCGGGAACGGAUUCUCCACACGUCUCUGUCCGCCGUCUUCGCAUCGGCAGAGAGGACUCGUUGAUGUGUCUUGACCUUGAGGAGGACAUCGGAGAGAGUAUUGCCCGCCAUAUCUGGGACGCAGGUUUGGUCGCAGCCUCGCUUCUCCUCCACAACGAAGCCCCCCCCGUGAAAGAUCCAUGCCUGCCCAGGUUGCGGCAGCGCCUCGCCUCUGGCCAGCCGCUGAACGUCCUCGAACUCGGAUGUGGAGUCGGCAUUCUCGGCCUCGCCAUGGCAUCUUCCCUAUCCAAAUCUGCACGGCCGCGGUCCCUCGUCCUCCUGACCGACCUACCUGAUGCGCAGGAAAGGGCAUUGGCCAAUAUCUCUCGCAGAUUUCUGCCGUCGUCCCCGGGAACUACCUGUCCGACGGAAUUCGAGAGUCUAGAUUGGGAAGAGGGACGGCAGGGCACAUUUGGUCCCCGAGUCCGCUCUCGCCCCUGGCCACUUAUCGUGUUGAGCGAUUGCACCUACAACGUCGACAUGCUGCCGGCUCUCGUGGGGACGCUCUCUGCACUGCAUCAAGCCAACACGACAUGGCGGGACGUCCUGGGCAGUUCGUCAACGACGUGGGUUCUUCUGGCGACGAAGCCGCGUCAUUCUUCGGAGGAGGUCUUGCACGGCCUCAUGGCGAGCCAGGGCUGGUCCGUUAUUGAGAAAGAGGCCUUGCCGCUUCCUGUCAUUGGCCAAGACAUGGUGUCUGUCGAACUCUAUGUUUUGGAACGGUGA